AUGCGCGCGACACUGAUCUCGUCACUCCUUUCGAUAUCGUCCCUGGGUUUAGCCUUGGACGUGUCGGAUACCAAGGAUGCCGACUUAUCCAGUUGGCCUGCCGUUGAAGCUAAUGCGGUCUCUGCUCGCAACAAUGAACUAUGGAACAGACCUGUCAAGCGCCAAUCUGGUUGGAGCCCUCCAUCAAAUUUGGCAACGCCGCUGAAGCAAGUGUGGGAUCACUGUCUGAACACUUACUCGAAUGGUCUGUUUGGAUUCAAGAACUAUGGUUGGGACCAGAUCAUGGCUACUGGAGGAAAAAUCAACCUCUGUGUGAGAUGGGAGUCUAGCACAGCUGUGACAGAGGCACAGCGCGCCCAGAUUGCCACCGUAGCGAGCCAGCAGUAUCAGAAAUGGUUCCAGUGGCUCUAUGGGUACGACAGCUUCCCGUACUCCAACAUACAGGUCAAUGUAGUAGGCUGGGCAGUCCGAGAUAGGUCGCUGCUUCAAGGCUCAACCUCUGGGAUUACCGUUUAUACUGAUACAGAUGGUGGUGGAGCCCCUCAAUGUUCGGAAGCAUGCGGGCGUUUUUUCCAUCAGGAUGGAAACUAUAACUCAUGCCCUGGGGGGGCUGCAAACCAUUAUGACCAAUCUCUUUGGCUGACAGACGGGUUCGGUGGUGGCGCUGGUGGUGAUUGGGGACAGAGGAUCGGCAGAGAAUACUUCAUGGGCGCUCUCACCUCGUCUAAUAUUCAUAUUCUGCUUCACGAGAUGGGACACACUUUCGGUUUAGAUGAUUUCUACGAUUGGACUCCAACUGGGGUCAGCAGCUUCAUCAUGCUUGCCGGCUCUGCAACGCAAAUCACCGACUUUGAUGGCUGGAUGCUUCGAAACUGGUGGUAUGAACUCUCACGCAACCGAGGAUGGCGGUCUGGAUCCACGCCAACCUCGACCUCGACCUCCUCGGCUGCCAACCCAACUUCUACCAGCGGUGGUACUGCUCCAGCAUUCGGUCAGUGUGGCGGUCAGGGAUGGACAGGUCCUACGGCCUGCGUCUCGGGUUACAAGUGCCAGUAUUCCAACGAAUGGUACUCUCAGUGUGUCCCUGCCUAG